GAGACACACUGGGGAACAUAGAAAACACUGGGAAAACCAAGGAGAAUGAAUACAGACUAUGACACUGGACAGAUUUUGGUGAAACUCUCAAAACGGGAACUGUUUCGCUCGGCUGGACGUCGUUUCUCCGCUUUUUUCUGGGUUCAACCGUCCACCUUGGUUUGGAACAGAAAGGACAUGAUGAACAGAGAUCGCAACAGAGUGUAUAAGCGAAUGACUGUCAUGUUCUUCCUGGUCGUGGUAGGGCUGACUGUUGUCCAGAAGGGGAGCAUCAAUAUGGGGGUUCCCUUCGAAAUUGAGAGGGUGGCUCGCACGCAUUCUUCUCAAGGUGUCGAGCCGGGAGCCGCCCAGGAAGAGGAGCCCCGCUCGUACCUGGGUAUCAGAAGCUUUUGGAAGCUUGGCGAACAGAAACCGCAGCCUAAAGUUCAGCCAACCAUGCAGAAGCCCAGGAUCACCGAGGAAAACAGUCCAGGCAGCUGGGAUGUUACCAGCUCCAACUGUAGCGCCAACCUCAACCUCUCGAGCCAGGCGUGGUACAACGGGCUGGAGGGCCACUUUAAGCAGUUUCUGCUUUAUCGACACUGUCGCCUCUUUCCCAUGCUUCUCAAUCACCCGGAGAAGUGCUCAGGGGAGACCUACCUGCUCAUGGUGAUUAAGUCAGUGGCCACCCAGCACGACCGUAGAGAGGUUAUUCGAAAGACGUGGGGCAAAGAGCGGGUGGUGAAUGGCAGAAGAGUAAAGACCCUCUUCCUGCUUGGCACGCCCUCUAAUGAAGCAGAAAGAGCAAACCAUCAAAAACUCGUGGAGUAUGAAGACGCUAUCUAUGGGGAUAUUCUUCAGUGGGACUUCUUAGAUAGUUUCUUCAAUCUGACUCUCAAGGAGACUCAUUUUCUGAAGUGGUUUCACACUUACUGCCCCAGAGUCCGCUACGUCUUCAAGGGGGACGACGACGUCUUUGUUAGCGUGGAGAACCUCUUUGAGUUUCUGGACAGCAGAGGCUAUGACAAGAACCUGUUUGUGGGGGAUGUGAUUUUUAAUGCUAAGCCCAUUCGUAACAAAGACAACAAAUAUUACAUCCCUCAGGCUAUGUAUAAUAAAACAUACUACCCUCCAUAUGCCGGCGGAGGGGGCUUUCUGAUGGAUGGGACGCUGGUCAGGAGGCUUCACUAUGCUUCAGAAACACUUGAGCUUUACCCCAUCGAUGAUGUCUUCCUGGGCAUGUGUCUUGAAGUGCUGCAGGUCACACCCGUAAAACACUACGCCUUUAAGACUUUCGGCUUGGUGAAAAAUAAGAAUAGCAAAUUGAACAGAGAACCUUGUUUCUUUAAAAACAUGAUAGUGGUGCACAAGCUGCUCCCCUCAGACCUCUUGCACAUGUGGAAUCUGGUCAACCGUGACCUUAUCUGCUCACAGAAAGUGAAUCUCCUAUAGCGUUAAGGACAAAACCCACGAGCUUUACAUCAGUGCAAGUCAAAAGGAAUUUACAGUACAGUGCAGGAGAGCCAAAAGCUAACGUCCAUGUAAACUCUCCUUUACAGUCUUUUACUUGCUGAUUCUGAGCAGCACUGCAAGUAUCUCAAAAGUAAAUUAUGAAGACCUUUUCUAAAAGGGUUUGGAAAGUUUUUGUAUUUAUAUGUAUAGUUUGUAAAACGUUUAGUGUCGGCACUCAAAUUCAGAGACAGCAAUCAAGUGGAGCUUUUAUAAAUGAGCACACCAAAGAAUUACGUUAGAAAUAUUUAUUCCAUUGAUUCUAAAAAGGGUCUACUUUUUUCUAAAAGCAAAAAUAGAGGCCUAUACCCUGCUUCUCUGCUUUUUUGGGACCAGAACAAUUGUUUCGCCUUCUUUUCGCCUUGGAAGUUGGGACAUGGAUCUGGAAACAUCUCCUGACUUAUUUAACUUGCAAACAUGUGGAGUAAUUAGGCAAACCUUAGCAAUAAAUAAUAUAUUUGCAUUUUUGUGUGUGUGUGUGUGGUCUAACACUGUAACACCGUUCACCAACAGGAAAUGAACAGCUCGGUGUCUGCAACUGAUAUAAAGAGAUGCAAUCUAACAGAAGUGCAAAUAAAACAUUUCUGCGGCUAUCUUCUGAGAGUGUUCAAUUUUAUCUUUAUUUAUUUUACUCAGAACUUCAAAAAUCAACUUCUGAGUACGAACAAAUGACUGAUUUUCAAUAUCAGUUUCCAGGUGGUCCUAAUGAUAUUGCUUUCUUUGCUGUAAUGCAUUUAAACAUAUCAGGAGAUGUUUUGGUUUUAUAACCCCCCCAAAGCUGUUAUCCAAGCUGUUUGAUAAUGUUGCACAAGGCUUUUGGAAUAAUUAUUAACGCAUGCUGCGACAACUUCAAAUGGUUUCGUUUAAGAGGAAGUAAAAACUCUCUACCUCAUUUGAGCAAAAAAAAAAAAAAAACUUGACCAAUUUUUGAAGUUUCCUGAAGUCGUCAUGUGUCCUUGCACUCAUUGUUUGAGAACAUGACUUGAUCCGUUACUGCAUAUCUCCUCCUAGGAACCUUGAAGAAAUAUCUUUAUACUUGUUUCUCACAUGCUGUCUGUGGAUUUGAAUGUGCUGAUAUACUUGACAUGAAUUUGGAUGAGUGUGUACUUUAACACUGUGAAUUAACUUUACUGCUGGUACGAGCUGUGCAACGUGAAUUUAUUCACCCCCCACCCCACAUAUUAGAGGGGCCAGGUUUGGGGUUCUUUAAUUUGAUACUGAAAAUUGUGUUUAAUAAUUACACUGAAUGUCAGGAGCUUUAGUAGGUAAUGAUUAUAUCUACAUCUGUAAAUAUAUGUAAAUUUAAUGUUUCAUCUGUAAAAAAUAAACAUGUUCACYAGCCAGUUGUC